AUGGCCCAUCCAUGGAGUUCAGACAUCUUUCCUAAAUCAGCCAAGGAAGAUGGUGCAGUUGCAAAAAGAAGAGAAGAACGAAAAAUGGAUAAAUACAGAAAGGUAAGGCUUCCUGGUGGAUCAAUGGUCAAAGUCACUCCUCUAGUCCUGGAACACUUUGGGAGAUGGGGAGAAGAGGGAAAGAAGUUUUUGCAAAUCUUUCGAAACAUUCAUUGGACGAAAUUGGAAGGCCAAAUGCACCAGAGUUUAUUGACUAUUGGAGGAAGCGAUUCUCAGGACAGCUACAGAAAUUAUGGACAAGAGCAACAAGUGGAGACACAGCCCAAACAAUUAGCCCAAGUUGACACGAUUGUAUUGUGUUGCCAUACUGGGCCACCGCCAUACUUGCAGGUGUUGGAGAUGCACCUUGUUGACGUACUGCUCGUGCCAUUUGCGUACAGAAGAAAGAAGCACUUGCUGAUUAUUUUACUCCUAUUCAGCAUGGAGUCUCAACACAGAAUGACACCGCAUGAGCUUGUUGCUCACCACUUUGGUCUGAUGCUAGAAGUAGAGUCUUGUAACUGCAACUCACCUUUAGACAACAGCGGCUACCAUCUUCUUACCUGCAAGACCAACGGUGGUCCUGUUUGGUCACACGAAUGCAUUGCAUCGAAGUUAUAUCCAGAGAAAUACAUUUGUCGUUUGGAUGUCUUUAUUCACGAAGGCCGUCACUUGCAGAAAUCCUUUUAUCAGAAAUUGUCUCAGUUAAUGACUGACCCUGUGAUGGAUUCUUACGUGCAAGUGCACGUAACUAAGCCUUGGAGAAUGGCACAAGAAGCAGCCACACAGAACACUGUCUUUAGGGCUAACACAGAGAAUCCUGAAUGGAAUGAAGAACUUUCAUUUCUUAUUGAUUCCCGUCAAGGACUAGGGCAACUAGAAAUGACAAUCUGGGAUUCCAACUAUGUGAUGGAUCAAGCAUUGACUGAUCCUAUUGUUAUUGAAUUGAAUGAUAUUCAAAAAAUGGGAAAAGGAUUUCAUCGACAGACGUUUCCAGUUUACGGUGGUGGAGAGUUGGACGUUUCUUUGCAGAUAAGGCUACCAACGGCUGACGUGAGGUUUGGACGUGACGUUCACAAAAAGGAGAAGGAAAUAGUGAGGGAAAGACAGAACAAAACUGCAGGUGCUAUCAGGUCUCUGCUAGGAGUUGGAGACAAUGCCAAAGUUCCUGUUGUCGGUCUGGUCGGUUCUGGUGGUGGUAUUCGAGCUAUGAUUGGUUUAUCUGGUGCGAUCAGAGCUUUACAACAGGCAGGGGUCUUGGACUGUUGCACGUAUGCAGCAUCUUUGUCAGGAUCUACAUGGUACUUAUCCGUCCUAUACUCACUCGAGCAGUUUCCCAAUGUCCUAAAAUGCGCUGAAUAUCUCAAAGACAGAUGCACUCAGAUGGGUCCAAUUAUAAAUCCUGCAAAAAUUGAUGAUCAUUUGGACGUUGUUGUAAACAAACACUAUGAUGGCCUUGAUGCGUCUUUGGUUGAUAUAUGGGCAGCGAUGAUUGGUAAGGUUCUUCAGCCUCAUUUGGAAAAGAAAGAAAGGACCAGAUUGUCAGAUACACAAGACCGUGUACAAACAUGCGAAUUGCCGUUUCCUAUAUACACUGGCGUGUUUGUGAAAGAAGAGACGCCAACACAGGCUUUUGCUGAAUGGGUGGAAUUUACUCCCUUUGAGUAUGGUAUUCGCAACUUGAAAGUCUUUGCAGCAAUGGAGGACAUUGGAAGUGACAGAGAGCACGGAAUUGUUUGCAGAAGAUACAAAGAAUUUCCUGUUAAUUUCUUGCAGGGUUUGUGGGGGAGUGCCUUUGCUGGUGCCAUUCGAGUAUGGAUUACAACGUUCUUUGGAAAGAAUUCUACUCUAGGAUCGUUCUUGAAUACGUUUCUCGACUGGUUUGAUGUGGAUGAUUGGCGCCCUUUGGCUGCCUUGUUGCCAAAUUACAUGAAAGGCAUUCGCACGGUUCCUGAAUGUACACGGUUGUUGCGCGUUUCUUUGAAAGAAGCGUUCAAAGAUCACCUUCCUCCCGGUAACAACCCUUACUUGGAUCACAGACCAAAAGAGGAGAAACUUGCUAGAACGUUCCAUGGUGACGUCAAGGUGCAGCAGGAAGAAUUCAGCACCAAGAAGAAAAAUACAAAGACACAACGAGCUGGUCGUGUUUGUAGACAAAAUACUGAUAGUCGCAAAAGGCUAUUGUCUGAAAGCAUUGUAGAACUUGACGGUUUGACUGUUGUGGACGCUGGCUUGGACUUCAAUCUACCGUUCCCGCCUCUUCUUCGUCCUGAGCGGCAAACGGACAUAUUCAUUGCGUUUGAUUUUUCUUGGUAUGGCUCCGAAGAAAUGGAUCCUUUCAAGGAACUUCGAAAGGCCAAAGAAUGGGCAGAUGAGUCCGGGUACAAAUUUCCAAAGAUUCCAGAAAACGCGUUUGAUCCUAAAAAUCCGAAAGAGUACUACAUAUUGGAGGAAGUUGAAGAUCCUGCUUGUCCUAUCGUAAUCUUGUUUGCUUACUGCAACAACGCCCGUCGUAAAGCUGUCAUUACUGGCCAAGACGAGUCGUUUGCUAACGUCGAUCCUUACGCUUCCGUCUACAGCACGUUUAAUUUCAACUACAACGCUGAUGAUUUCCAGCGAUUGCACGAGUUGUGGCAUUUCAACACUCUUCUUGCUGUUGAGGACAUCAAGAAAGUUAUUGCCAAGAAACUUCAUUGACGAGUGUUUAGUUUACGUUUGUUGUUGGUGAUUAUCUUGUGGGAAAUUGAAUGUUGAGCAUCUGUAGUGGAAUCACAGCUUUCAUUCUGAGGCAUAACGUAACCAGUUUUAUAGUGUUUAUGUUUCUGCAAAUGUGAGAGAUUGAAAUGCAACAUGAGAUUUAA